GUUCUACUAUAGCUUCUGUGAUUUUUCAAGAUCGUUGUAUUGAGCCAUAUAGAGCCUCUCUAGCUCUUCAAUCGAGCGGAGCUGACCUCCUGGCAGUUGCUACCGACCCGGCAUUUCACAAACUCGAUAGGAGAGCGAUUCAUAUCAUUCUUUUCAGAACCUUUGGACCUGUCUCACAGUACUUAGUUUGUCCCCUCCAACGCUAGCUUUACAAGUCCAAGAUGGAUGCGCGAAACCUCGGCGCCAUGAUUUCCACGCCGCAAAGCCGUGUCAUCAUUCUCCGACAAACAAUCACCUCGUUUCUCACAAACCACCCCUUCUUUUCGGCCCUGAUAGCUUUUGUCUCCCUUUGCAUCAUCACACGAAUCACCUCGGGCAUCAGAUCAAAGGCGGCAUACGCCAAACAAUCACAGACACAAAAUGCCAGCCCACCUCCACUUCUACCGUACUGGAUUCCGUGGCUCGGUCACGGCCUCAACUUCGCUCUAGGCGGCACCGACUUUUUGACGCAAGCUUCAAAGUCCCUCGGUGCCAAUGGCUCAAUCUUCACAUUGUGGAUGGCCAACAGCAAACACCACGUCGUCACGGUGCCCGGCAUAGAGAAACAACUGAUAUCCAGAGACGCGCCGCUGACGAUGGAACCCUUCAUCUACCACAUCAUGGAGACUUUCUGGGCCGACGGGGGUUCGGUACGGGCGACUGACCCUACAGCGGUCUGGGGAUCCAUCCACGGUGCUCUGAACGCCUUGAUGCGAGAGGACUUUGUGGCGAGCGCGCUGGCCGACACCGUCAAAGCUUUAGAGGCCGACACGUACAACUUGAUAUCCGGAGUCGAAUCACCCGUGGACCAAACCAUAUGGGAACGCGAGGCUGACGUACAAAUUGUCUCGCGGGACUUUACGAGUGGCGACGGCGGCUCGUUCGUGGCCGACGCCGAACUAUGGCAACUACUAAGGUACUUUGUAGGCGAGAUCGCCACGACGGUCCUCAUGGGUCGUGACUUUCUCCGGAACCACCCCAACUUCAUGCACGACCUGUGGGAGAUGGACGAGAAGCUCAAUCUGUUCCUGGCCGGCCUGCCCGGCUGGUUCCCCAACAUGACCCGCGCCGCGGCCGCGCGCGAGCGUGUCCUCGCGGCCAUCGGGGACCAUCACGAAGCCAUGUUCAAGUACCUCGACGGGAAAGACCCCGGCCCACGCUGGACCGACAUGUCGGACGUGAGUCCCGUCAUCGUCAAGCGCGCGACCGAGUUCCGCAAGGCCGGAAGUUCUCGACGUGCCUGGACAACGGGCAACGCGACGAUCGUCUGGGUCAUGAACAUCAACUCCAACGCCGUCAUCUUCUGGAUGGUGUGGUACAUUUUCAGCGACCCGUGUUUGGUGGAGGAGAUCCGUCGUGAGGUCGCUCCGUAUGUCCGAUUCGUUCCUCCCCAUGACAAUGGGCUCCCCAUAAAAGAGGCCCCCCGCCUGACCAUCGACUUGGCUGCGUUGUGGCCGAAGUGUCCCUUGCUCAAGGGGGCCUUUUUCGAGACGAUGCGACUCGAGGCGGCCAGUAUGAGUUACAAGAAGAUCCUGGAGGAUUUUGUCGUGACCGAAUCCGACGAGGAUGCCAGGAUGUUGGGGAAGAGCGAGCCGCAGAGUUUCCUCCUGCGAAAGGGCGAGUUCGUGUGUAUCCCACAUGGCGUGCACCAGAGUGACGAAAAGUACUACCGAGACCCGACGAGGUUUGAUCCCAGACGAUUCUGGACCAAGGACGCCGUUGGUGAGGAGAAAUCGGAAACCCCCCAAGGGUCAUCGGACGCAAAGGUCGAUUACGGCACGAUGAGAGUCUGGGGAGGUGGGAAGCACAUGUGCAAGGGCAAGACGUUUGCCGAAAGGGAGGUCUUGUUGUUCGUGGCCGCCAUCGUCAUGCAAUGGGACGUUGUACCGGUCGGAAACGGCGGAAGGUGGGUUCAUCCUGGGAGAAAACCCGGAGGUGGUGCGGUGAAUCCUGUGAAACCUGUCAGGGUCAGGAUGAUGCGUAGAGAAGGUUGGUGAGGAAGAUUCGUAGAAGGGGGGGAUACGUACGAGUCAGGUAAUGACGGGGGUAUUUGAAUGGGUAUUUCUGGAGUCGUGCCCAGUGAAGAUGCACGACUACGAAUAACAAGGCUGAGUCUGCACUCGUUCGAGCGACUCAUGGACCGAUUAGAUGUGUAAGAUCUCAAACGCAUACUGUGUUAUACAACGUAA